AUGUCAUCAGGAAUUCCCGGUGCCGAUGAUGCCCGUAGAGGCUCAAACGAGUUGGGAAAGGGAAGUAGAUUGUAUAGCACGACUUCGGGCUCUGCACAUGCGAGUUCUGGAAGUGUUGGCACAGAGGGAUUCAGUGAGUUGGGAAUUGAAAAUACGAAUGUUCAUACGGCUCCCGGGGUGGAAUUGAAUCAGAAACAGAAGGUGGUUGUGGGAAGUGUUUUGGAUCUCUUCGCAGGUCUUCCCUCCCUCGAAAAACUAUCUCUCUGGUCUGACAACGCCGUCUUCGCCGAUCAAAUCACCAAUGCCGAAGGACGCAAACAAUAUUCUGCUCAAUGGUUUGGAUUAAAAACUAUUUGUAACAAAAUAGAACGUCUCGGACAUGAGGUCACGAGUGCUGGAAAUCCAAUCGAGAUGGAUUUGAAGACAAAAUAUGUCUUGAAAGGGGGUAUGGAACAGACUGUUGAGAGUAAGGUGAGUAUCUGGACAGAGCAACAGGGUGGAGAGGGAAAGAUUACAAAGGUUCAGGAUGCGUGGAAUGGGAAUGUGCCUAGUGAGGGCUUUUUCGUCAAGGCACUUCGAAACCUUAAUAGUGUGGUUGUACCCGUUGUUGUCAGCGUGCCAAAAAAUAACGCAGAGGAUAAGAAGGGCAAUCAAUGA